GAGGCGCAGACGAAACUCCGAACGGCGGCGCCGGCGGCGCGGAGGAGGCGGCGGCGGCUGAGGGCCCGGCUCGGGAGACAGCGGCGGCGGCCGGACUCGCUCAGCUUCUCCUCGGCUCCACCAGCGGCACCCUACCGGGCCAGAGGCCGCCGCCGCGAGACGGAGGAGUACCGAGAGAGCAGCAGCAGCAGCGCCGCCGCCGCCGCCGUGGCCACCUCGGAUGCGGAGGUGGCGGCAGGAGGAGGCGGAGCGACCUGCGGGUGGGAAGGCCGGGCUCGAGGGUGAGGGGCGCUCGCCUCUCUCCGCCGAGGCCUCCGGGGAAGGGAAGCGAACCUUCCUCCCCCUCCUCUUCCUCCUGGUGAGGGGGGGAACCUCCGAGGAGAAGCAGCUCAACUUCGGGCUUCCCCGCCCCCCAACACUUCCAACUUUUCAGCCGCUUCUGCGUUUUAUUGGUUUCUCCAUCCAAUUUCUACACUUUGGGAUGGGGAUUAAGGAUUAGGGCUGCUCCCCCCCCCUUUUUUAAACUUCCAGGGAAGAUGCCCAGAACGGCUUCUGCGCUCCCUUGAAGCUUCCCCACCGCACACGCCGCCACCUACCGCCGCCUCUCUCUGAAAGAAAACAACCAACAACCCGCUUAAGAGGAAUUAUAAAUGCGGGACAAGAGACCCAAGAAGCUGAAAGAAGGAAAAGUUCCUGCGCUGCCUAACGAGAGGCGGAUUGGAGGAACGCCCUCCCAGCUCCUGCGGGGAUAGAGAAGUUCUCCCAACUUUUUUUGUAUCUUCGGGUUUGUUAAAAAAGUAACGCCAUCGUGACCUAAAGUGAGCUUUGUAUACUGUGCACUGUUGAUUGAUUGUCGGCCUAGAAGCACUGAAAACAGUUGACCCUUUUUUUUGGCCACACGCUUCUUCUAACCUGGCUUUUUUUUUUUUUUGUAAGCCAGGAUUAGAUAGGAAGGGAGUUUGCUUGAAGACUGGGUUGCUCCGUAUCUCUUUCUUUACUCCAGAGGACCUAUCUAGCUGCUGCUGCUCCUGUUGGACCAUCACCUUUUCCAAGCAAGAUUAUUUAUCCUCUUGUUUGCGGUUCAGGGAUUAUUUAAUGAAUGGAUUUUGUAGUCAAGCUGGAUGGCUGCUCUACCAUUUGAAAUGUUUUUGGAAAUCAUGCCAAGUUGCUGAAAAGAGCUGAUAUUGCUGGAAAAUUUUAGCCUCUGGCAAAGCCUUUUUUGUUCACCGACCAAGAUGAUGUGCGAGGUGAUGCCAACUAUCAGUGAGGCAGAGAUCCCCUCAGGAGGAAGUGGAAGCCAUGGUUCAGGUUCCCCCCUACAGUCGGAUGCUGAUUCCCAUUUCGAGCAAUUAAUGGUAUCCAUGUUGGAGGAACGAGAUCGCCUUUUGGACACACUGCGAGAGACUCAAGAGACACUAGCAUUAACACAGGGUAAACUGCAUGAAGUUGGUCAUGAAAGGGAUUCCCUACAGCGACAGCUUAAUACUGCACUGCCACAGGAGUUUGCAGCACUUACUAAAGAACUUAAUGUUUGCAGAGAACAACUCCUUGAAAGGGAAGAAGAAAUUGCAGAACUGAAAGCAGAACGAAAUAAUACAAGGCUGCUGUUAGAGCAUUUGGAAUGUCUUGUCUCCCGGCAUGAGCGAUCUCUUAGAAUGACUGUAGUAAAGAGACAGGCUCAAUCUCCAGCAGGCGUUUCUAGUGAAGUAGAAGUUCUCAAAGCACUAAAAUCCCUAUUUGAACACCACAAAGCCCUUGAUGAAAAGGUAAGGGAAAGAUUACGAGUAGCACUUGAAAGAUGUAGCUUGUUGGAGGAAGAACUCGGUACUACACACAAGGAGUUAAUGAUUUUGAAAGAACAGAACAAUCAGAAAAGAACUCAAGCUGAUGGGAUGCCUGAUGUUAAUCAUGAUCAGGAGAAUGCACCUAGCACUAAUGGGAAGAGAUCUUCCAAUGGCUCUCUAAGUCAUGAUGAAGACCUUGCUAAAGUAAUAGAACUUCAAGAUGUCAUAGAGAUGCAAACAAAAGAGCAAGCUCAAAUGAAAGAACGUAUAACGGCCCUUUCUAACAGAGUAGCAGAACUGGAAGAAGAUCUUGAUACUGCUAGGAAAGAUCUAAUAAAAUCUGAAGAAAUGAACACAAAGUUGCAAAGAGAUGUAAGAGAGGCAAUGGCUCAAAAGGAAGAUAUGGAAGAGCGAAUCACAACCCUUGAAAAACGCUACCUCGCUGCACAACGUGAAGCUACAUCCGUGCAUGACCUCAAUGAUAAACUUGAAAACGAAAUUGCUAAUAAAGAUUCUCUGCACCGACAGAGUGAAGAUAAGAGCAGGCAGUUACAGGAGCGACUGGAACUAGCUGAGCAAAAAUUGCAGCAGACUCUGAGAAAAGCAGAGACUCUGCCAGAGGUGGAGGCUGAACUGGCUCAGAGAGUUGCAGCACUUACAAAGGCUGAAGAAAGACAUGGUAACAUUGAAGAACGAUUGAGGCAGAUGGAAGCCCAGCUAGAGGAGAAAAAUCAGGAAUUGCUAAGGGCUCGACAAAGAGAGAAAAUGAAUGAAGAGCAUAAUAAACGUUUAUCUGAUACCGUUGAUAAACUUUUGUCUGAAUCCAAUGAGAGACUUCAGCUUCACCUUAAAGAAAGAAUGGCUGCCCUGGAAGAUAAAAAUGCUCUUCUUCGUGAAGUUGAAAAUGCUAAGAAACAUGUUGAGGAGCUUCAGAUUGAAAAGGAUCAACUGGUACUAAACAUUGAAGCAAUGAGGACUGAAAAUGACCAGAUGAGGAUCAGAGGCCCUUCCCUUCAUCAUAGUCGACCACAUCUGGGUAGUGUGCCAGAUUUCAGAUAUCCACUGGCACCUUCAGCCAUAGCUGACAAUCAAACAGAUUCUUAUAGCACCUCAGUGUUAAGACGCCCACAAAAAGGACGUUUGGCAGCUCUGCGAGAUGAACCUUCAAAGGUUCAGACUCUGAAUGAGCAAGACUGGGAGCGUGCGCAACAAGCAAGUGUGUUGGCAAAUGUUGCACAAGCCUUUGAGAGCGAUGUUGAUAUCUCAGACGGAGAGGAUGACAGAGAAACAAUAUUCAGCUCAGUUGACAUCUUGUCACCUAGUGGUCAGGCAGAUGCCCAGACUUUAGCCAUGAUGCUUCAGGAACAGUUGGAUGCCAUCAACAAUGAAAUUAGACUGAUACAAGAAGAAAAGGAAAACACUGAGCAGCGAGCAGAGGAAAUUGAAAGCCGUGUUGGUAGUGGGAGUUUAGAGAAUCUUGGCCGAUUUCGGUCAUUGAGUUCCCUUCCUCCUCCCUUUCCUGGUGGCUCCCUUUCUGGCUCUUCACCACCUGGCAGUGGUCGUUCCACCCCGCGACGAAUGCCGCAUAGUCCUGCUCGAGAAGUGGACAGACUAGGCAUCAUGACGCUACCUAGUGAUUUAAGGAAACAUCAUAGAAAGUCUCCAGUUUCAAGAGAUGAAGUUAGAGAUGACAAGGCUACAAUAAAAUGUGAGACCUCACCACCCUCUUCACCUCGAUUUCUGCAUUUGGAUAGAACCUAUAAGGGUGCCUUGCAUACAGUGAGCAAUGAAGAUUUAAGAGAUCUAAGAAAUUCCACAGGUUCUCAAGAUGGACAAGUAAGCAAUCCCAGCAGCAGUAAUAGUAGCCAAGAUUCCCUUCACAAAGCCCCUAAAAAGAAGGGGAUAAAAUCCUCAAUUGGCCGCCUAUUUGGUAAGAAAGAAAAGGGUCGACCUGGACAGAUCAGCAAAGAGAGCGGAGGACAAGUUAGUGUAAUGGAAGCAGACAGUUCAACUCAGGAUGGCUUGGGACUUGGAAAAUUCGGAGGACAAGCAGAAAAAAAUAGAAAAUUGCAAAAAAAGCAUGAACUGCUUGAGGAAGCCCGGAGGCAAGGUUUACCCUUUGCUCAGUGGGAUGGGCCAACUGUGGUUGUCUGGUUAGAGUUGUGGGUUGGGAUGCCAGCCUGGUACGUAGCUGCUUGCCGUGCAAAUGUGAAAAGUGGUGCUAUAAUGUCAGCCUUAUCUGAUACUGAAAUACAACGGGAAAUUGGAAUCAGUAACCCUCUACAUAGGUUAAAGCUGAGACUUGCCAUUCAAGAGAUUAUGUCACUAACAAGUCCAUCUGCUCCUCCUACAUCAAGAACGACCACAGGAAAUGUCUGGGUAACACAUGAAGAAAUGGAAAAUCUUACAUCUACACCACAAACGGAAGAUGUGGAAGGAAGCUGGGCUCAGACCUUAGCCUAUGGUGAUAUGAACCAUGAGUGGAUUGGCAACGAGUGGCUUCCCAGUUUGGGGCUCCCUCAGUAUCGCAGCUAUUUUAUGGAAUGUCUUGUUGAUGCUAGAAUGCUGGACCAUUUAACUAAAAAAGAUCUCCGUGGUCAACUUAAAAUGGUCGACAGUUUUCACAGAAAUAGUUUCCAGUGUGGCAUUAUGUGUCUGCGUAGAUUAAAUUAUGACCGAAAAGAACUUGAAAGAAGAAGAGAAGAAGGUUUGAAUGAGAUUAAAGAUGUCCUUGUCUGGGGCAAUGACAGAAUGAUUCACUGGGUGGUGUCGAUUGGUCUCAAAGAAUAUGCAAAUAACCUUAUAGAAAGUGGAGUUCAUGGCGCACUUGUGGCCUUAGAUGAAACUUUUGAUUACAAUGCAUUAGCUCUUUCUCUACAAAUUCCGACUCAAAAUACACAGGCUCGUGCUGUGCUGGAACGAGAGUUCAACAACCUUCUAGUUAUGGGCACAGACAGGAGGUUUGAUGAAGAUGAUGACAAGAGCUUUAGACGAGCACCUUCAUGGAGGAAGAAGUUUAGACCAAAGGACAUCCGGGGUUUAGCAGCUGGAUCAGCAGAGACUCUCCCUGCAAACUUCAGAGUUAACACCUCAAUGUCUUCACCUUCUAUGCAGCCAAAGAAGAUGCAAAUUGAUGGCAAUGUAUCAGCAACACAAAGAUUGGAUUCUGCUACAGUAAGGACUUAUUCAUGUUAAAGCCUUUUAUUGUUUAUCCCCACUAUUUCUACAGAUGACCUGAAACAUUUUGAAUUCAAAGACCAUAUUUUGGAAACAAUUCAAAUCUUUAAUCUUGUUAAUACUUGUUAAAUCAACACUUUGAAAUAUUUUAUUACAGAGUUUUUAAUUAGAUGAAUUUGUGAGUACUAUAGAGAAAGUAUUUUAGACUUAAAUGUUUCUUAUAUUUAUGUAAGUGUAUGUGAGUCUUAUUACUUACCUUUGUAUUCAGUCUAUAAAUCAAAUUACUGCCGAUUUGUUAAUUUUAGUCUCUUCUAUUGAAUGUACUGUAAUGCUUGUAUGUAUCUACCCCUAUAAGCAAUGUAGGGUUUUUGUAAAUUAUGCAGUUAUUGUAAUUAUCAGUAAUAAGUUUUUAAUAAUAAACCCAGGUGAAAAGGAUUUUACUAUCUUUGUAAAGGUAUCCUGACUCAAGCAGUAUAUAUAUUUUGCCAUUUGGAAAAUGCUAGCUAGCUCUAAAACGUUAAAUAAAUCCCAUUUUUUUCAGAGAAGCAUAUGUUUAUUAAUAAAGUGGGCAUGGUACCUGCUUCUAUUUCCGUUCAUAACUGUAUGUUUUCCACCUAGCAUAUGAUUUUAAAGUGGAUUUAUUUAAGCCUUCUGUUCAAUAUAACUUGCUUUAAAUGAAAUUCUAAAAUGUGGGAUUUAUUUGAAUACUAUGAAAUGUGUGAGAGACCUGGUGAGCUCCUUUAUAACUUCUUUUUUGUGGCUAUAUUUGUACAGUCUAUGUUCAUUGACUGAGCAUAAGCCAUAAGCGGAAAUAUUUUCUCUUAACUGAGGAUAGCUCCUAAUAGUACUCAAUAGGCAACGAAGUGCUCUUCUGUAUUUUGAUGUGAAACUGUUUUUCAGAAAAAUACCGAACUGAUGCAAUUCUUCUAAGUGGACCAAUCAUGAUGCGCAACUGUCUCAUGACGAAAAUGCUGAUGGCCCAUGAGGCUAAAGCGUGUAGUAGUGCAACUAUUAAAAAGGCCUUAUUUUUCUUAUGCCAUCUUUUGCAUAUAUUUAUAAACUUGUUUUAAAUUCUGGACAAAAAUUAAUUGUUAAUAGUGUUAGCCAUUUCAACCAAUAUAAGUAGAAAAUGCAUCAUUCGUUUUUUAAAAUAGCAUCUUAAGAUGCCAGCGAGGAAUGAGUUCAGAUUAUGGUGCAUUAUUUAUUAUGCAAUAAUAUAUACAGCAUGUCUUUUUCUGUUUUGGUUUUGGCUCUUUUUAAUUGUACGACUGAAAUUCAUUGUUACUGUUCUGUGUUUUUUUUCUAUUAAUCUUUUAUGUGUACUUCUGAUUAUGUAACAAAAUAUGUACAGACUAAGUACUUUUGAACUAUUUUUAUCACAGUAUUAUUUAUUGCUUUCUUCAAUAAAGUACUGAAGCAUUUUUUCCACUGCCAACAAUGGGGCUUGAAGUGUUUUGAAGUCAAAUUUCAAGUAAUUAAUUGAUGUAGAUGAGAUUUCUUGUGAAGCAUCGAGUCAUGUUCCUCUUUGCUGAAACCAGCUUUCCCCAGCCCAGGUGCCCUCCAGAUGAUUCUGGAGCACAACUUCCAGAAUUAGACUACAACUUGGGUGAGGCUGGUCUAAACUGAGGCAAGUCCCAUAACCUUCAAGACACUUAAGCUAUUACCUGUGGCGUAGCACAAUGUGGUGUUCUAGUAGCUUUGCACUACAAAUCCCAUUCUCCUAUUGCCCAUGCUGGCUAGGGACUGAUGUGAAUUACCCAGAACAUCUGGAAAGGACCGUCUAUGCUGUGUCACAGUCUGUUUACAUUCGUAAAGUGUAGCCCUGCAUUCGAUUGCGGCUUUGAUGUUAAACUCCGUUGGACUCCAGUGCAACUUCAGAGUAAGCCUGCAUAACAAUCUGUGUGCAGGAUUGGAACCCUGCUGAUGAAAAUUUGUCUCAAAAUGUGCCAUAUAAAACAAGCAUUUCUAGAAUGCUUUAGUAAGUACCGUAGGUUGCUUUUAAAUCUUUUGAAGUUCACCCCACUGAUGAAACUGCUGUUGCCUUCUGCCAUCCUCUUGUUUUCUAAAUGGCUGCUUAGCCCUGUGACCAGGAGCUAUUGUCAUGUAAUCUGGGGAUUAUCCCUCCCCCUUUUUUCAUCUGUGCUAUUCUAGCACUUUAGUUUAGAAACAGAUUAAUAUUUCUGGUAGCUAUAGCAACUCUAUGUUGAAUGUGCUUUCCUCAAUAUUGAAUGAUACUCUCUCUGCACUCAUUUCAAUACAGAUGAAUCACACAUUUCCCCUAGCUUUUCCUUUCCAUCUCAGCAGUUCACAACUUGCAGCUCACAUUUAGAAGUGCAAGCACAGAAUCAAACAAGACAGCUAUUUGCUGCCCUAGAGGCAAGGAGUUACAGCUUCUUUUCCUUCCAUACUUGCAUCCCAAACCCUGGAAAGGAGGAAGAUUAAUGUUCCCAGCAGUUUCCCCUUGAAUUCUGUAUCAGUAUCUUAGACCUUGGGUAGUCAGUGUGGAGUCUGUGGCAAACUCCCUCAGUAAAGAAGGGAGCAAGGUAACAUGACCAGGUUGGAGGCACGUUAAAAUUUAAACCCCCCUGACAAUUAUUCUUGAGAGGUCUGAGAUUCUCUGUACAUGGUAGUGUUUACUAAUGCAGCAGCAAGGAUUCUUUAUAUAAAGGAAAACCUGAGGCCACUUACCCCUCAACCAGUAGAUCAAAGUAAGAAUGAGGCAUGUUGGAAACAAAAGUCGAAUUUUAUUUAUACACAUUCAGUGAGGGUUAAAGCUCAGUGAUUACUCUGGGAAGGUACAACUUUGUUUCAGUCAGAUCCCUUUACAGAAGUAAUUAAGAACUUUACUUAAAGCUUUAUUUUAAACCUGUUUCUAAUUAAACUAAUUGUUCCAAGAAUGGUUGUGUUCUACUCAGCCAGUAAAACGCUUUCAGACUCCUCCUAGAAUCUUUUCCUUCCCCUCAGAGAAAUAAUCUGGGUUGCCCAGCCUAGCGAAACCCUAACCACCCAGCCAAGCCUUUAAAAGCCUAAAAUCCACCCAAGCGCUAUCUGACCAUUUCUCUCCACUCCCUUGUGAUUGGUUGACACACACACCCAAGCCCUGAUUGGCUUAUGGGUCUCCAGGAGGAUAGUGCAAGGCCCAGUGUCCAUAAGUGUCCUCCAGAUAACUAUUCCCAUCAUCCCUGACCAUUGGCCAUGUUGGCUAGGGCUGGUGAGAGCUGUUGUCCCACAGUAUCUGGAGGGCGUUACAUUGCUUAGCCCUGACUUAGAUACGUAUGAGCCUUUCCAUCACUUGAGAUCUGGCUGGCUCUUCUCCCCGUGCCAUAAGAAAACCUUUCUGCUUCAAUUUUGUGGAAUAUUCUCUCCUGGAAACAGUGAUGCUCUCUGGGCAGAAGUCCAGGGCCCUGUUCAGACACACAGAGAGAGCAGGGCUGGAUUUGCACAUUUUGAAGCAAUGCGAUGAAGCAAGCGAUGGUGCUAAUACUCGGAAAUCUUGUUUAGGUCAGCCAAAACAGUUUUAAGAGAAGCUUUUAGAAACUUGUUUUUUUCCCCUUUAGCAUAUAACAGUCAUGUUCCGAAUUUCAUUCAGCUAUAAAUUCCAUAGAUGGAAUAAAGUUGCUUUUCUAGACUCUUCCUCACAUUUUUACCACCAUUAAACUGUAUUUGUGAGUCAUUGCUCUUCUUUCCCAAUGGUGUAACAUCUCUCAUUUACCCUAAAAAAGGUCUAUAGGAAACUGUAUCCUAUAACAUUUGUUUUUAAGUUGCAGGUUUCCAAAGAGUAGAAAAGUGUUCCUUAACAGUUUCCAAUACACACAUACAUGUUUUUAAGCAGUUGGUCUCUGCUCCUUGCCCCAAACAUGAGUUUCCAACAGUCAUCG